AUGGCUCGGUCGUCCAUAGAGCCACUGGUGGUCGAGAAAGUGAUUGGAGAUGUGCUCGACAUGUUCACUCCGGCUGCCAAUUUUACAGUCCAUUACGCGUCCAAACAGGUCGCUAAUGGUUGCGAAAUCAAGCCCUCUGCCGCCGUCGAUAGGCCCAGCGUCCAAAUUCUUCGCCCUCGCGUCUCCACCUGUUUCUAUACUCUUGUUAUGGUCGAUCCUGAUGCUCCUAGCCCAAGUGAACCAACAUCGAGAGAGUGGCUCCAUUGGAUCGUUGUAGAUAUCCCAGAAGGGUCAGAUGCCACCAAAGGGAAAGAGUUGGUGCCGUACAUGGGACCUCGGCCACCUACAGGAAUUCAUCGGUACAUUUUUGUGCUGUUUAAGCAGAAGCAUGCAAUGAUGGUGGGGUGUGGAGCUCCAGACGCCCGUGGCAAUUUUAGCACCCGACAGUUUGCUGCUCAGUUCGAACUUGGCCCUCCGGUUGCGGCGGUGUAUUUUAAUUCACAGAAGGAACCCACUGCUAAAAAACGUUGA